AUGACCUUUCGGCAUCCUCCGCGGCUGACAGAACUUGAAGACGAAGCCUUCAGCGACGACGACCCGCAUGCUAAUCGAGAUGGUGUAACCGCAUUGCUCAAUCGGUCAAUACGCCGGGCUGGUGCCUUGGCCGCCAAAGCUGCAAAACUGAACAAAGAGAGCGUGACAAGAACCAAAGCCAGCCCCAUCCUCCCCCCGUUCGCUACCGACUUUGGUCCCCAGACUCUGACCGAGUAUCUGCGAGCUGAGGUUGACAAAUUGAAGCUUGAACGCAAAUCUCUGUCGGGAAAGGGUAAAGGGAAAGAGAAGGACAUCUUGGAUCCGGCAAUAUCUGGCGUGCUCCAUCAGAGCAACACUUCAACGUCAUCUCAUGGUCUCUUGUCACCAUCUGCUACUCCAAUCCUCGCAAAUCGAGUCGAUGACCGGCAGUCUACUCUGUGGUUAGCAGCUAGGCGAUCGCAGCGCCUGGCACGCAGAAGCGUUCCCAACCGGGAGGUGAGUCAAGGUGCAGCUGACCACCAAAGGACACCGCAGUCUCGGCCAGCACCUCCGACGUCGUUUCUGCCAGAUGUCUCUCAACAACCCUCCAUCCAUGGAGAUGACGCCCUCACUACAAUAUUAAAUGGUACCAGUCCCGUUAGAACAAGCACAUUCGAAGAGCACACCAAGAACAAGAGAAUGGCUGUUAGGCACACCGCCCAAGAGGAUUUAAACAAUCCGAUGGGCGCCAGAUCGCGACAGAGAAGACUUUCGAAGGGUUUGUUGCCCUCUGGCACGCCAACUGCUGUCAUCACGAAUUCGUCCGCCACGACAUCAGGGGUGCCCCUUAUGGGCACCCCGCAGUACGACACUCAAGCGUCUCCUCACAUACCCUCGUCCAAAAAUGAACUUAGGGACUCAGUGCACUGUCCCGGACAGGAGGCCAAUGACAACAGAACUAUUGAGACGCCGUCCGAUAAGCCCUCCCAUGCCUUCCCGAACAACCAGGGAUCACCACAAAAAUCUCCCUGCCGCAAGGAAGCUGCACAACCGCGGCCGAAGAGGCAUACCCCAACAGUCGCUUCUUUCGACUACGCCAGCCUCAUCCCCGAAGUCAUAUCUUACAGCGAAAAGGAGGACUUUAUUAAUCAGGAGACGCUGACGAGCACGACGGCACACCUUUCGACUAAUUUGGAAAACCGAACCACAGAGCCAAGCUGGGUGUGUACGGCUCCUUUUUACAUAUCUUUGCCCGCCAGGAGCGGAGGACAUCCUGGGGUGACCCGUACAUAUGCCACUCACGCUGUCGAGAACAGUGAUCCGAGUGAGAAGAACGUUCCUACAGCGGCUCCUGAAAAGCACUAUCCUCGCAUCUGGAAGCCCUCGGUGGUUCCUGGCACGUCUCUGGAAAGCACGACCUCGACUAGGCCCUACGCGGGUCGAGCCAUCAACGUUCUCGGCCACAAAUCAAAUUUUAUACAAAAGUUUGAUGUCGAUAUCUGGGCGGAAGUCUCAAGAUUCCUUUCUACGCAAGAUGUGAGAAACCUCCGUCUAGUCAACAAAUGUUUCGCACGCAUUAUAGCUCCAAUCCAAUUCAGAAAUGUCGUGGUAAACUUUGGCCAACACUUCUUCGACACGAACCCCGGCACUUUCGAUAUCAAUUCCGAGCAUCUCCCCGACGAUUCGAUGUUCAAGAAUUACGGUGCCAAUAUCAACAAAUUUGGCAUAUCCUUCGAGUACGAUCUGCAAGGUUUGACCCGUGCUAAGAAGAAAAUCACCUCGAAGGUGCAAGAUGCAUGGUUUGGAAAAUUCAGGUGGCCCACAGAACAAUACCCACGUUUUCCAGAACUGCAGGCAAUCGAGGAUCUUGUUGACCAUAACCGCCCUUUCCUCAAAGAAGCACUAGAAUGUCUGACCACGGUCUCGGAGCUUGGGUUGUGCAUCGACAGCGGCCACGGCUGGCUAGAAGGCCCCGAUAUUUCUGAUAUGGCCCUCUUCAAUCGACGAACUACGAACGGGAGCAGAGUCUUUGGGAAGACGUUCGAAACCGAGGAUGUCUGGACUACUUUUGCCCGUAAUGAAUACUUUCGAUGGGCCCAACAGAACACUAUCAACGAAACCACCAAGGCACUUAUGACAAAACUGCAAAACCAAGAGGAGUCCCCUGCAAGAGAGAUUCGCUUUCUAGAUGAGCUCAAAAUUCGUGACAUUGAGAGCUUUCGACGUCAGGACGAGCAACACGAUUACGACCCAGAAUGUCACGUGGGAGGUAGUUCAGUUCCAGGAGUAAACUCCUCCAUGAAUGCGACGGGCGUAUUCCCUAAUUUUGCGGCGACGCAUGAGGCUGCGAGCCAUCGUCGACUAGCCACCCAUAACCUGAAAGGAGGAAAGAGAUUACCCCAGUGGCCAUUAAUUUUCAAUGGCCACAAUCUUACCGCCGAGCAUGGAGGUCACUGUACGUUCAUCCAAAACCAAACGGCCAAUCCUUGCACGUCUCCACUCCAACCCGGACUUCUCACAGAGCCGCAAGCUGAGUGGCUGAUGGAGACUGUAUGGGCACAGCGUGCUUUCCUGUCCUCUUAUACGACCGCUAUCGUUACCCACAAGGAGAACUUUACCUCAAUUCAUACUCUGCGCAUCAGCAAAUUGUCCUCUGGUCUCCUCCCAUCAAUAGAACAAGCCGAGUUCUGGAAAAGCUUGCCUGGACUGAAGACGUUGGAGAUCCUCAUCAGCCCGGACUGGCGGAAGGAGCACGUGGCAGGCUAUCACCCACACGGUUGGCAAAUGUUUCUUCAUCCCCUGAACGCUGCCCAGAAGUUUACCAGUUUCUUGAGGAAGUAUAUCGUCCACAUCGAGCAUUUACACAGCCUGAGCAUUGGCUAUGUCGGGGGCGGAGAACAUGCUGUAGGUCUGUUCGCACGCAACAAGCACGUCAUGGCCGCACCCAUCGUCGAAUCGCCGAGACAGUGGCUGUUCUUCCAGGACGACUCCGACCAAGGGCAGAACCUACCUCUCGUCAAAUUCGACCACAUCCGAGAGCUCAAAUUUCAGAACUGUUGGUUUACUCCGUGGAUGCUGCAGGAGUUCAUGCGGCGCAGCAGAGACACGAGCCUCCAUUCCUUGACCCUCGACUCCGUCAGCAUGAGCGUCUAUCAUAAAGCCAAACAGGUCGCACCGGCCUGGAAUGUAUUGGGCCAUCUUCGCUGCCUUCAUCCUCGAGAAGAGUGGACUCGGGAAAUUUUGCCCCCCGGCGCUUCUUGGGCUCGAGUCCUUGAUGCAAUCACGCCCGGGAAAACACUACUGGCCCACAAAUACGACGCGGGACUCAUUGACCCAGGAAUUCAUCCGAUGCCCCAACCAAAGUUCCGUGGGCAUGUUCAAGAAAUCAUUCUCAACAGCUGUGGUUAUGUCACGAUCUCGGUACCCUACCUACGCCCCACGGCCUAUAACCAGAAUGCGGCGGUUGUGUGGGCGGACCCUACAAUGGACGACGCCCUGCGCGUUCGCAAAGCACGAUUUUCCAGCAGUCUAGGCUUUCCAGUUGUGUGGGAUUCGUCUUCGGCCUUUGGAGUUCGGGGGCCCAUGCCACUUCAGGAGACGACGGACAUCCUGAUCCCCGAUCGAAGCGGAUAUGAACAUUCAUGGUUAGGCAACUUGACUCAAUGCAUCCAUCCGAUCGAAAAGCGCGUCCUCGAGGAGGCGUGGCAGAUGACGUUUGGCUGGCCCAACAACCUGGAGCGAUGGGCCGCGGUCGAAGAUGGACAGUGCGAAGGUGGUACGGGACGUUUCAGUGGCAUUAUCCGGAAAAGCGACCAGCAGAUGGAGUGUUGA